CCCAGCCCAUAUAGACCGAGGAGGCGACGACAAGUUGGGUGGGGUGCUCGCCGUCGUCGCCUGUUUCUUUCCGCCGCGGCGGCCGCAGCGGCGAUCUCCAUCUCGGCCUCGCUCCUCCAGUCCUCCUCGUCCCCUCCGUCCGCGGGAGUCUAACGUGGCCAACACCAAAGAGUUGGUUGUCGUGUCUUCAAGCUGAGGAACAAUGCCGCCCCAUAAGAUUGAGACUGGGCAUCAAGAUGUGGUGCAUGAUAUCGCCAUGGAUUACUACGGGAAGCGUCUUGCUACAGCCUCCUCUGACAAUACGAUAAAGAUCAUUGGCAUAAGUGGCACGUCGCAUCAGCAGCUUGCAACUUUGAGUGGACACCAGGGCCCAGUUUGGCAAGUUGCAUGGGCACAUCCUAAGUUUGGUUCCAUGCUUGCAUCCUGCAGCUAUGAUGGCCAGGUUAUCAUCUGGAAAGAAGGGAGCAAGCCCGACGAAUGGGCACAGGUGCACACCUUUGUUGAGCACAAGUCCUCAGUGAAUUCCAUCGCAUGGGCACCUCACGAGCUGGGUCUCAGCUUGGCCUGUGGUUCAUCUGAUGGGAACAUUUCAGUCUUCACUGCUCGUUCUGAUGGAGGUUGGGACACGACUCGCAUUGAUCAGGCGCAUCCAGUAGGAGUGACCUCAGUCUCUUGGGCUCCUGCGAUGGCACCCGGUGCUCUAAUCACUGCAGGACCUUCUGGCCAGUAUGAAUAUGUUCAGAAACUCACGUCUGGUGGCUGCGACAACACGGUCAAGGUGUGGAAGCUCACCAACGGAAGCUGGAGGAUGGAUUGUUUCCCCGCACUGCAGAUGCACAAGGACUGGGUGAGAGAUGUUGCGUGGGCGCCAAAUCUUGGCCUCCCAAAGUCCACCAUCGCAAGCGCCUCUCAGGAUGGAACAGUGGUUAUCUGGACAUCAGCGAAAGAAGGUGAGCAGUGGGAAGGUCGGACCCUGUAUGAUUUCAGAACCCCUGUGUGGAGGCUGUCGUGGUCGCUUACCGGGAAUAUACUGGCAGUGUCUGAUGGCAACAACAAUGUGACCCUGUGGAAGGAAGCUGUGGAUGGUGAAUGGCAGCAAGUUACUACUGUUGAGCCAUAGAUUUCUUGAACUCUUCCUCUUAUAUUAUUGCAAUAAUGUAGUUUUCCUGUAAAUUGAGUCUAUGGUUGUUCACAGUAGCAGUUAGCAAGGCACAGACAUGGUGUGAGAGAUGGUUUUGGCUCGGACCAAAGUGAUAAAUUGACUUCUUAUCUGGAUCA